AUGAGGCAUUCUAUAGUAACUAUUUUAAUUAUUAGCGUCUUGGUAUUAUUGGCAGCCAUUAGCAUGCCAUACCCACAACAAGAUGGUCCAACGCCAUCACCAUCUCCAGGACCACCACCAGUACCGCCAGUACCACAGAAUGCAAAAGAAGCUAUAGAAACUGUGAAACAAUUAGCUAAUCCACAAAAUCCAGCUGGCGGUCCACCGACUGAUACUGUAAACACGGGAGAACCUGAAUCCACUGGAGGUCCUGAUGCUCCUAAAGGUGGUGCUCCUCCUGAAGGUCCUGGUGAAGGCCCUGAAGGUAAAGGCGGUAAAGGUCCUAAAGGCGGCAAAGGUCCUAAAGGCGGCAAAGGUCCUAAAGGCGGUGAUGGUCCUACUGAUGAUGGCGGUAAUGGUCCUAAAGGUCCUGAUGGAAAAGCUCCUCCUGACGAUGGUAAAGCUCCUGGUCCUGAAGGUAAAGGUCCUGGUGAUGAUGGCGGUAAAGCUCCUGGAAAUGAUGGUGGUACACCUCCUGAUAGCGGAACACCUCCUGAUGGUUCUCCUACUUCUCCAACUGACACCCCUCCAGCUGAAACUAACUAG